AUGAAUAAGAGGAAAAGAGCAAAGCGUAAGGAUGGAAAACAAAUGCAGCAGAUUCAACAAAAUGGCGCAAAUUGUUCAAGUGCUACAGACACAAAGUCUGCACCAGUGAACGCAUUUUCUAAAGCUAAUGGCUCCAAUAGUCAAAAAAACUCUCAAACUUCGUCACAUGCUAAAAAUCGAACAAAUCACAAAAGCUCAAAGUUAAGAGGAGAUGGACCUCAUGAAACCUAUGAGAAUAGGCGAAAAACUCCAGGUUCUAAUCAGAAAAAUAAUACAAACUCAGCAUCUUCAACAGCAUAUGAUCAUUUUGUAACGCAUGGCAGGGGAAUACACUCACGAAAUGCCUGUUUCGAACGAUGGUUGAAUAGUAUAGAUAUCCUGUCCGAAAAAUUUGACGAAAGCAGCGAACAUGAUGUUACCUUCAUUGGAGUUGAGGGCAGUAGUGGUGAAGGAGAUAUCAGUAAUACUCAGUCUAAGAACUGCCCAGUCUGCUUUAAAAUACGGAUGCGACGCUGUAAUUUUUAA